AUGGAGCGGUAUGGAGGACAAGACGCCUUUCUAUCUGAGGUACGCGCUGCAUUUGAUUCUGAAACCGACCGCGCGCGAGCCGUCGAGCUAGUGGACCUAAAGCUGGGAGUAUUUGUUGCGAUGGGUAUGGCUCCCCACUAUGCUUUCGAAAGGCUGAAGCUACAACAAUAUGAUGGUGAGUUGUUUGAUACGGCGCUCCUACCGCUGUUGAACAAGUACGUCAUCCUGCAAAACAAGUUCGACCUCAGAACCACCACGACUCUUGCUGAUGAACUGUUCCUCUUACGAGGGGGUAGUGAGUCAAGGGAGACGGUUGGAAAUCAUGUGUCGGAAUGGCUAGGUGCUCAAGGAGUGAAAGCGGAAUAUGAGUACGUUGAGCAACAAGUCUUCUGGGAAUGGAAGCUGCAUGGGACGCCUUAUGGUGGUGCGCCUGAAACUGGGUGGAAUAAGUUUAGCGAUGCCUACGAUGGUUUUGAGAAGAAUUCACGCGGCAAGUUUCAGGAGGAGUACAACCAGUUUUUGACAGCUAUACGGUGA